AUGGAGCGGGCCCCCCAGGACGUGACGAUGCGGCCUCAGGAGGAGCCGGCUCCCGCAGGCCAGCAAGCCGUGGAGCCGUCCGCCCUUUUCGUGCCUGAGGGGGGCUCGGAGCCUCCGGUGCCCCAAGCCAUCCUCGCCACCGCUUCCCCGGUGAUGGCGCCAGCCAACGCGCCGGUGCUACCUCCUCCCCAGGCCCUUGCGCUGGCGGACUGCGGCCCCCUCAUCAGGCCAGGCACUCUGGACGACGCCCACGCCGCGCUCGAGCAGCUCGGAGCCGAUCUUCAGGAUGGCGACAGGUGCCUCAUGAGGGAGCGCCUGGUGCUUAUCUCUGGGUGGCUCCAGGCCGACACAUCUGCCAAGACGGCCUGGGGUUGGGCUGAGGCCGCUAUCAUGGAAGGCAGGAGGGAGGAUGCCAAAGCCAAGGAAGCUCGUGACACAGCGUUGGCGAACGCUGCCUCCGCCGAGGAGUGUCGUGCCGAGGCAGAGGCCAAGUUGAAGGCCCUCCAGGAUGAACAAGCCUCGCACAAUCGAAGGCUCCAGCAGUUGGAGGAAGACCUGAAGGCCCGCAAGGCAAAGCUCGCCGAUCGCGGCGCCGAGCUGGCCGAGGUGACCACUGACCAGGCCGCAGAGCGUGGCCACCUGGACACGCUGAACAAAGAGGUGGCCGACGCCCAGGCAUCCCAUGGUCGGCACGUCUCCGAGGCAGCAACUCAGUUGGAGGCCAGGGAGAAGGCCCUUGGCACCGCCGAGAAAGAGGUGGCGGAACGCGACGCCUUCCCCUCCCUCGAGCUCAAGGCUCGCGACGCGCUAAGCUCCAUCUGGAGGGGAGGGUAUGAGGAGCCGUUGGCGACCCCCGAGGAAGGCCUUGCGGGGCUCUCCUCCAAGCUUGCGGAGGCGCUCAGAGGCGCCGCCACCAAAGUGGACUCCAUUCUGGAGGAGUACCGCUCCCUCUUCCGCGGCCACGACGCGCGUCUUUGGCCAUCUCUACCUUCAGGACCUCGGCUUCGACUUCGGCGCAGUGAUCUGCUCAAUUGCUCCUGA